AUGCCUGUGGCUUUCGAGGGUAAUGUAGGCACGGCAAGCGCCGGCCUAACGGAGAUGAACGCAUUGCAAAAUGACGGAUCCGGUGCACGCGGCGGCGCUCGUUGUGACGAAGCGGCUGCUUCUGCUGCUGCCCCUGGCUACACAUUCACGCCGCGACACCUCACCGACGAGGAAGGAACGGACGUGUUGGCUCAGGAGGUGCUGGAGCUUCUUGAGCGUAUGCGGGUGGAUUUGAACCAGCUGAAGAGUUCUGUAGACCUCCGUGAGAGCACCGAGCGCACGAUGUCACACGCGGCCGCACGCUAUUUGAUGGCGUCAAGAUGGGCGGCUGAGCAGCGAAAGGCAAGCGGUACGCCUUCCCCGCAGCGUCCUCUUCCUGGCAGCGGCUUCUUUUUCGUGCCCAUGGCUACAGCCCCGGUAAGGAGCCUCACGCUGCGCGGUGACACUUGCGCCGCCACUUCACCGCCGCCGCCACCGAAGCAGCUGCAGCCGUCCAGGUAUCGCCCAGUUGAUACGGCACCGCCGUGGAACGCCUCCACAAGUCUGCAAGGGGGCGAAAAGGGUGUGGUUCCGAAGACGCCGGAUGAGUGUAGGACGGUACGUGACCGCCUGCCACCACCACCCCCUACAAGGGUGCGGCACCAGCAGGAAAUUGGUGGCGACGCGGAGACGUUAAAUGUAGCUUGCGCGAGUUUGGCGUGGCCCGUUGCCCUUAUCACGGAUGGUGUAAAUGACGACCCUAACACUGUAGCCAAUGUGUCCCGCAUGGAUGACAUUCAAGUACGGGAUUUUUUGCGGCGACUGAAUAUUGUGGGGAUGGAGCUAGCAGAAACUGAAGGACACAUCGAUGAUCCAGUUCUGAAUGGUGUUGCACUUCGCCGGCUGGUGGCCAUUGCGCUGAAGUGUGAUGGCGGUGAAGCAAACACCUAUAGCCCAGAUUUCGUGUUGAAGCCAAAAACUAUCGAUGACGUUCGACUGAAUUACGUAACAGCUUUGAAUAUGCUCCGAGGAGCGGAGAAAACCACCUCGUUUUGCAUCCCCCGCGAGUGCCGUCUCAUACGGCCCGAGAGCGUCAUUGUGCGAGGUGAUUCUGCAUUGCUCUUUCUGCUGAUGCGCACUGUCAUUAGUGGGUUUCUGCCGACGAAUUUGGAACACUUGUGGGCCGAGCCAGCAGUGACGUGGCAGCCCGACCCGCUUCAAGGCAGUUAUGCCCCUAGUGCGAUGCGCUCUCUCGAACUGGCAGUGUGCAGUUUUUUGUUUUCGCAGGACGUUCUCCCGGACCCUGUAGCCCAUCAACUUCCGUCCGACGACAAAAUUGUCCCUAACGCACUCAAUGCGCCAUUCUUGUCGCCACAGCGAAGACAUUGGUGCAUUCGACGGGAGGAAUUUCCUUCACUGUAUAUCCCUUCAGUGUUUCCUUUUCUGACAAACGGCACAACACUGUGUGAUUUGGUGGAGGGGCUUACCGGUAGCCAUAUUCCCGUCCACAGAAAUCCGAGGGUAAAGCUGAACUGCAUCGAGAAUAUUCAAUCUGCGUUCACCGAGCUUUGGAAGUACUGCCCGGUUAGGAUGAGCUCCUUCUUCAUCGACGCCCCGCAUCGUGUAUUUUACGGCGACCGACGCUACAUCCUGUUGCUGUUGGAGGAUAUAAUGAGACUGGUAGAUGGCGCUCCUCCACGGCGGCAUGCCCCGCGGCCCACGGAUGCUCCGUACCUCGGUUCGAGGCACUUGUUGCACGUGGCGCGUGGGGGUCUUCCUCUUUCACCAAAGAGACCCUCUCUUGUUUCUUCGUCUACAAUGCCUUUGUGUCACCCUUCUGACUCUUUGGUGAGGCAGUCUGUGGCGAAUGAGGAAGGCGAGCCAAAGCCGCGCAGCCCUGAGCCACAGACAGUGCUGCGUUGCGUCAUUGCGUCGCCGUUGUCGGCGAGUAGGGUUGCAAACCUGGCCGCACCGCAUACGGGAAUCUCCACCGACCCUGCGCCGCAUUCUGGAGAAAGCGUCGCUGUGUCUGGUGUAGUCAGCAGUGUACCGCUUGCGAUGCUGAGCGGCCUCGAUUUCACGAAGGAGGACGUGGAGACUGCGCGGGGAUGGUUGGUCGCUGUUCUCGGCUCGGAUUUCCGUUAUACCGCUGCGGAUCAUUCCUUCUUUAUCUCGGGCCAAGAUCUCCAGCUGCAGGAGCCUUCCCUUGUUUUCUCUGAUGGCGUGGUGCUGGCACACUUGAUACGAACCCUGGAGCGGCGUCGCUGCGCUCAACUCGAGUCGAUUGAGGUUCGUGCAAAGGCUGCAGCGGCGAAGCGGCGCAAUAUUAGGAAGUGUGUCUCGUUCUUGCAGACUGAGAGGCGAAUUCUGUUGGAAGUUCCGCUACUGGAUGAGAUACUCUUUACUGGCGAUCUGCGUGGUGUUCUGUACGUUACACAAUGCCUCAAGAAUACGUAUCGUCACGCCCUGAGAACACACAUUGCAUAG